UCUGUAGAGUGUGGAUACUCACAUGACCCGACCGUUGAAUUCUCUCAGACUCUGAUCUUGAAUCACAAAAGAAAAGAGUGGGUGUAGUUCUAGUCUUCUAGAGUGAGAGAGAGCAAGAAUGGUGACUACGGGGAAGAGAUUUCAAUCAGAAGAAAUCCCUGCAACUACCAAAAAGAUGAACACAACCACUGCGGAGUAUUCAUAUGAGCAAACUAGAGAGCAAAGGAUCAGAGAAAACAAAGAACGAAUGCAAAAACUUGGUAUUCUUGAUCUGUCUGUUAAACUCAAAUCUGAACUUCUCCCUCCUAAGAGAUCUCCUAGAUAUACACCUGAAAGAAGAACCCCUAAGCAUUCUACUCCAGUACCUUCUUCUGAACCCCGGCGCUCUUCAAGGUUGCAGAGUGUAACUCCGGUGAGUUACACAGAACCUCGUCUGAAGAAAGGGAUGGAAGAUGGAGAGGAACAUGGGAAGGAGCUAAUUAGAGAAGGUGAAAGACCAGAGAUUUAUACUGAAGAGCAUGAGAAAAAGUUGGGAACUUGUAAUGCUCCUUGGACUCUUUAUGUUGACGGAAUCGGAACUGAUGGAAAACGUAUUUAUGAUCCUGUUAAAGGAAAGACAUGUCACCAGUGCAGGCAAAAGACUCUUGGUCAUCGUACACAUUGCAGCACCUGCAACCUGGUCCAAGGGCAAUUCUGUGGAGAUUGCUUGUACACGAGAUAUGGAGAGAAUGUGCUGGAAGCAAAUCAGAACCCUGAUUGGAUUUGCCCCGUUUGCCGCGGAAUUUGCAACUGCAGCUUGUGCAGACUGGCUAAAGGAUGGAUGCCCACUGGAUACAUGUAUAGGAAGGUUGAGAAACUUGGCUACAAGUCCGUGGCACAUUAUCUCAUUCAAACCCGGCGCGGUGAGACUAACUCUGAAGAAAAAGCAAAUACCAAAGAUCCAAUUUCUGCAAAGAGGUCCCUAGCUUUUAAUGAUCCAGUAGAUUCUUCUCAGCAAAUUGAACCCCUCGACUCAGCCAAUGAUGGAAAAGCUUUGGCUGUAAGCACAGAGGAAUCAUCCCAGCAAAAUGGAACUCUCAACUCACAGGAAAAUUUGAAACAGUUGUCUGAAGAUAACAAAGAUACCGAUGAUCAUACAGAGGAGAAGAAAGCUUUGGUUGGAAGCACAGAGGAACCGUCCCAGCAAAACGAAACUCUCAACUCAGAAGAAAACCCUAAGCAGUUGUCUGAAGGUAACAAAGAUAAUGAUGAUCAUAUAGAAGAGAAGAAAGCAGAACCAGAGAAUAUUGGUGGUACACCUGAAGUCAAAAACAUAUCUCCCAAAACAAACCCAAGGAUUAGAAAAACGCCUCCUGCCACUGCUACACCAAACUUGAACACCAUUGCUGGAAGAUUGAGGCAGAGGCGAAUGAUCUCUUGAAGACUUGCCAUCUCUUUUGGUCUAAUUUUGUAUCCGCGAGGGAGGACACAUGGAAUUUGAUAUUUUUGUCAUCAGCAUCCCUCUUCGGAUAAUAGAUAGAAGUUUUUUGGUACUAGAUAGAAGUUUUUUGGUACUAGUUGUUGGUGUGGAGCAUGCAGUUGCACCCACAAUGCUUGUCUCGUUGAACCUUCUUGAAGACUUGCCAUCUCUUUUUUGCUGUUUUGCAUCAGCGAGCAAGGAACCAUGAAACCGGAGAUUUUUGUUAUCAGAUAGAAACUUUUUGGUACUAGAUAGAAGUUUUUUGUCACUAGUUGCUGGCAAGGAUGCAGUUGCCCUCAGAAUACUUGCCUCAUUGAACCCUUGCUACUGUCAGAAGCUGCAAUUUCAAAGAUUUCUAUUGUUGUUACUGACAAACCCAGCUGAAAAUGCUUAAUAUAUCAAGUGGUUAUAGUUA